ACCCUGAAUCCUUGUGCGUGUAGAUCUACAUCAUUCAGUCCUAAAACUGUUGUUGCGCGCUGCUUCCCCACGGCCGGCCUGCGUCUUUUGUGGACGGUCAUUAGAAAGCGGAGGUAUCCCGUCGAGGCAAGCCUGGCUGGCUCUUGACGAACCACUGCUUCUACUCGACUCUCUAGCGUUCUGUACUGCGACCUGAGGCAGCGGCAGAAUCAGCAUCAACGCCAACAGUAGACUAAGACGUGGAUAAAACGCACCGGAAGAAUUCACGAUGUACGAGCCUCAGCUUGAUGACAUUAUGCCCUUCAUUCCGGCACAGUGCCUGGCACAGGAGAGUAGGAAUAUUCGCAAGGUCGGGCCGGAUAGCAGAGAGGUCUAUGCCAGUGGAUGUGAUGUGGGAACGCUCGAAGAUUUACCAGGCUACUCCCCGGCCGUUAGAAAAUACCAGAAUCCGUUGGCUCAUAUCCAAAGCCUUCAGCGUAACCGUGGUUACACUUGCCUACACUGUGCCAAGUGUCCGAUCAUGGGACUGGCUCAUAUGGGAUACUCCGGUGCCUUUCGAUCGAAGGUGUACUUCUGCGACCAGUGCUUCAACGCUGGUCAUCACGUAGGCAUCAGUCCUGUGACACUGGAGCUGAGUGUAGCAAUGCCUCCUUCCGUUGAGAAAGACUAUCGUAUUGACUUGGUUCUGGGCAAGGCACUCUCCCAUUUUGGAGGCGCCCAGAAACCCCGUGUCAGCAUGGAGGCUCAUCUGGGCAGGAAAACAAUCAUGUGGCUGACAUCGGCCACUGGAUACACCGUUCCACAACUAGAAUCCAUGCUGCAGACGUUCAGCCUCGUUGCGACCGACUUGGUGAUGACGAAGAGUCAGUUCACCAAGUACUUCUACUACUUCCUCCCUCAAGGGUAUAGCUCAAUCGUCGAUGUUAUCUUGGACAGGCUUUGGCAUUACAUUGUACACCCGAAGCGCGGCCAGCUGGAGUUUCCUUUCUACAUGUACCGCUUGGCUCUGAUAACACACGACAGUGAUGCAUUCAUUCUGAGAUCAUGCUGCGAAUUCUUGGGCGAUGAAGUUGGAGUCGAAAUUUUGACAGCUUUGUACAGUUUCGACACCCUAUGGAAGAGGUGCGGAGCGGAAAACAGCAUGGCUGAGUUUGAGGUCACACCCAGUCAGGUCGUAAAAGAUGUCCUGGACAUGCAGGAGGAGAUCACGUCUUAUGGCCAACUUCUCGUGAAUCAUGGUGCCUAUUUUCCGGAAACGCCAAGACAACCUACGUCUGGCAAUAUUCAUAUCAAGGAUAACUCCGAGCCCAUGUGCGGCAUAGACUUUCCAGAUGAGCAAGUCCCAAUGGUUUCGGAUUCGGCCGAGUCGAACGUUGCUGCCUCAAGGUCCAAAAAUCCAAAAGCCAAGCGAGCAAAAUCCUCUGAUCUGAAGAGAAGAGCAUCGGAUUCUGGCAGGGCAAUGAUGGUUGGUGUCACUGCAGAUGCAUUGGGAGAAAUAACACAUCGCCAUCGAGCUAUGGAGUUGAUGUGUAUUCACGAUGUAGAGGACUACAACCACAUCACACCCUCUGAGAUGAAAACCAUACUCUUCGCUGACGAACGGCUCCACAAAGCGAUCCACCAGGCGGUGAACUUCCUCAACCUUGCCCCCUUUCGCCAGGCUGUGCACACCGAUUCUUCCACAGCCCCCGACCCGUUGAUACAUGCUUCGACUUUCUGAUCGGCCCGACACGCACUGACAUGGGCACACACGCACGCACACUCGCCCACGCAUGCACACACGGACGUCCUCCGUUGCUUAAAUUAUUAUCUCCGAUGCGAGCGAAUCCUCUGCACACUGCUUUGCAGAAGUCGGGAGCGCUCUGAUUAUUGAUUGUACUAGUUCUGAUAAUGGAUGUACUGGAGUUUGGAAUGUUUCAACCUCUUCUUUUUCUUGCUGUUACAGGCAACUAACUGCCUGCUAUGCAAAGAAACAAUUACAAUGUUGCACUGUAACUGAACUGUCAAAUUACAAAAUCCACGGUCUAAAGUCCAUCGUACGCAAUGCUGCACCGGCAAUGUGACCGUGCGUGCAUGGAUCAGACUCUACGCGGCGCGGCACUGUUAUCAGGGGCCGUAGAUGCUCUUCCAUACAGUGUGUUGCACGCACACGUGUGCAUUAUCCCGUGUGUGUGUGUGUGUGUGUGUGUGUGUGUGUGUGUGUGUGUGUGUGCGCGCGCGCGUGCGCGAUGAUCAUACACUCAUUGUGGAGACAACUGCAUACAUGCAUGCUCAACGCCCAAUACCUCGAUGCAGCUUUGCCAUUUGUUGUCUCCUUCGAGUCGCCCGUAGCCAGACAUGAUGCGGAGAUUGCAUUUCAUACAGGACGCUAAGUAACUGAGAAGAAUUUCCCCGCAUGAUUCGGAAUAAUAGAAUACAGGCGGUCAUGUUGAAUAGGCGCUGAUGCUGUGACAAUGACCAUGCCCUGCAGUAUUCAGAGAGCCCGCAUUUUACUACUGUAUCUCGUACUACAUAUCCGUUAAAGUGAUGUACUGACACUCCCAUUAUGGCAAUGGACAUGCCAGUAGUUGCUGACAAUGUACAUGAGACUGCACUAUGAUCGCUGUUACCAGAAGCUGGUACUGACACUACUUUGCAGUGGAAUCUUAUACUGGUGAGAUUUA